GCUUGGCCAACAGAUACAUUAAGUACGUACCUACAAGAAAAUAUUAAAAGCAUGAAUGCUUCUGUUUGCAUUGCACCUAUUCUCAUUCUCCUUCUUCUUGUUCCGGCCAUCGUCUCUGCCAGGCACAUUGACCGGCAACGCUCACAUCAUGGGCAUCAUCAUCCAACAAGGCCUAGCAACAGUGACACAAUGGUGAGACCUGGUUUUUAUUGGGAAAGAAGAUCAAGGAAGCACAGGAGAGCCGACGCCGUCGACCAAGUUGCGGGAUCGACCUUGCCGGAUUGCUCCCACGCCUGUGGGUCGUGCACACCGUGCCGGCUAGUGAUGGUGAGCUUUGUGUGCUCGACCAUUGAAGAGGCUGAGACAUGUCCUAUAGCUUAUAAGUGCAUGUGUAAUAACAAGUCUUAUCCUGUUCCAUGAUGCCAUGCCCGUGGGAAUCAAUUUCAUCUGCCCUUUCCGCCUUCCUUCAUUGUAACACACCACUUCUACUCUUUCAUCUUUCUUCUCUCUUCUUCUCCUAUAUUUGUAGACAAAGCUUCCUUUAUGUAAUCAAAGAGUUUUUUUUUUCAUCUUAUAUUAUUAUUUUGUUUGUUUACUUUCAUAUUUAUUGUAAAACCCACUAUUAAAUCAUUAUUAUU